AUGGGGGUGUUUGAGAUUUUAGGGUUUCAGGGUUUGGUUUAUGUGUUGUUGGUUUUGGGUUUUGUGGUGAUUCGUCAGGUUUGGAGAAAUGCUGAAGCCAAGAAAGAAGAGAUUAUGAGGUUGGUGCAAGAUACUGCCAUGGCUGAAAUGGAACCUUCUACUACUGCUGCUGCUUUUGCUUCAGCUUCAGCUUCUUUUGAUUUGGAUUCACUUCAUGUUUCAGCUUCUCAAGCUUCUCAAGGGUAUCAAUGUGCUGUUUGUUAUUCUCCUACCACUAUGAGAUGUUCUCGCUGCAAAGCCGUUAGAUACUGUUCGGGUAAGUGUCAAAUUAGUCACUGGAGGCAAGGUCACAAGGACGAAUGUUGUCCUUCGGUUACCACCACCAGGGAGGUUGACGGCGGAAAUAUUACUUGCAGAGCGGCGGUAGCAGAAACACAGUUUGGUCUUCAUGAAAUCAAAGGAAAACAUGUUGAAUCUUACAUUGCUGCAAGAAAAUCGUUUGGUGAUAACUGUCACGCCACAUUUACGAAACCUGUCUGUAAUAAUACCGCUGAUGAUAUUUGCAUAGCUUCAACUGACAGUGAUGAAAAUGAAACCGUGUUGCCCCCCUCAUCUCGCUUGGAAUCGAAGAGUCCUGUUAAUAUUGAACUUAGGAAUUCUAGUUCAAGUAAAAGAAGCAAGAAAAAGUCUAGUAACACUUCUGAUGAGGUUGGAUUUAAAUCAAAAGUUCCAAAAACUAAAUCUGGCACAUCUCAUGAUUUGGCGUCAAAUUUGAGUGGCCAUGAACACAGAAGAAAAGUUGCAUCAGUUGAAAAAUCAAUAGCUGAUACCUCUAAGUGCAAGACUGUGCCUUCCUCGAGUAAUUCAAAUAUAGAUAUUCUAGCGGAUGAUGUGGAAGAACCUCAUAUGUCCAGGUACAAAGAAGCACGGAGAUCAUCAUCUAGUUCUCGUGAUAGACUAUUCUCAACUACUAAAGGGGAUUCGGUUUCACAUUCCAUGUCUACAAAAACUGACAAUUAUCAUACGUUGCCUUCAAAAGUUAGCGUUGCUCCUAAUCUUCCACAAAAUGUUCGGAAUGGUUUGAAAUCAUCAAUGCAGAAAGUUGUCCAGCAGUUUAGAAUCUCAAAAGAGUCAAGAUCCAAUCUAAUAUCUGUUGAAAAUGAGUUGGGCUUUCCAUAUGAACUUUUUGUGGAACUUUAUUGUUACGACAAGGUGAAACUAUUUCCCUUUGGCCUUACAAACUGUGGGAACAGCUGUUACGCUAAUGCAGUUCUCCAGUGCUUGGCUUAUACUCGGCCUCUAACAUCGUAUCUUUUGCAAGGGUUCCAUUCGAAACGAUGUCAGAAGAAGGGAUGGUGUUUUAUCUGUGAGUUUGAAUAUCUAAUUCAGAAGGCAAAAGAAGGGAAUUCUCCACUUUCUCCAAUUGGGAUAUUAUCUAAGAUACACAAGAUUGGAAGUCAUCUUGGACAUGGGAGAGAGGAAGACGCACAUGAGUUUUUGAGGGGUGCAGUUGAUACAAUGCAAUCUAUUUGUCUCAAGGAAGCAGGUGUUUCAAGUCCUUUGACAGAAGAAACAACUCUCAUUGGGUACACUUUUGGAGGUUAUCUACGAUCUAAGAUAAAGUGCUUAAGGUGCAUGGGGAAGUCUGAGAUGUAUGAGAGAAUGAUGGAUCUUACUGUUGAGAUUGGCGGGAAUAUUGAAACUUUGGAGGAGGCUCUUGGACAGUUUACAGCGCCUGAAAUCUUGGAUAAGGAUAAUAAGUAUAAUUGUGGCAGAUGUAAAUCAUAUGAGAAAGCCAAGAAGAAGCUAACAGUAUUGGAGGCGCCAAAUAUUCUCACGAUUGUAUUAAAACGAUUUCAGUCCGGUAACUUUGAGAAGUUGAAUAAGUCUGUUCAAUUUCCUGAAGUCCUGAAUAUGGCUCCAUAUAUCAGUGGAUUAAAAGACAAAUCUCCAUUAUACAGUCUUUAUGCAGUGGUUGUCCAUUUGGAUAGCAUGAAUGCUGCAUAUUCAGGACAUUAUGUUUGUUAUGUGAAGAACAUUCGAGGAGAAUGGUUCAGGACUGAUGACAGCAGGGUAGAACCUGUUGAAUUGUCAAGAGUCUUGUCAGAAAGAGCAUACAUGCUUCUUUAUGCAAGGCACUCUCCGAAGCCCCUGGGUUCAGUAAGUAGCAAUGUAGUCUUUUCCACUGGAAAGUUUAAGAGGAGAAACUUAGAAGCCAUUCCGUCUGUUUCUAAGACACGAUCAAUUUCCAUGGCUACAAGUGCUGAUUCUCCCUCCCUCCAGCAGAAGCAUGGCAAGCAUACUCAUGGGAACACUGUUGAUGAUUCCUUUAGCAAGGAACCUGUAUAUCAAGAAGAAUGGAGAUUCAACUAUCGCGGAAGGAAUACUAUGGUGGAUUCUUCCAGCGAAAGCUCACUAUUCAGCUCUUCUGAUGCAAGUUCUUGCAGUACUGCAAGUACCAAAGACUCAGCUAGUACUGCUGACUUUUCAGAUUACCUAUUUGGCGAAGCGGGAUCCAAUUGGCACGGCCACUAUGGAAUUUCAUCUAACUCAGCGGCAUCUUCUUCGUAUGAUAACUUGCAUACAGAUUUUUCAGUGGAUAGGAGGCCCCAGCAAGACCCGGAAGAUAAAGCGAUUUUGUAUGCUAACAAAAACAAAAGUCAUAGUGGUAGAUGGGGAUUUGACUUAAAAAGAUUUGUUACUGCUAAGCAUCAUGACAAAAAUUCUGUUGUACAUGUGAGAAGAACAAGUAGAGAUGCAUCAGCUCAAACAUUUUAUUGA